UGUGAUAUCUAUAAGUUUUAAAUAAUAUAAUACAGUCAUUAAAAUAUUUUAAAAUGUUCACUAUAAAUAGGUUGUCAAAAUUGAACAAAAAAAGUUUUAUAUUUAAAAGUUUAUCUACAAAACCAACUCAAGAACAUACUCAAGAAUUAGUCAAUGUCGAGAGACUAACAAAUGAUGAUAAAGGUAUUGUAAUCAUAGGUCUUAAUAGACCAGGAUCAAAAAAUGCAAUUAAUAAGCAUAUGGUCGAUCAGUUAUUAAAUACUUUUAGACAAUUGUAUAAUGACAAUGAAACAAAAGCAGUCAUUUUUCGAAGUCUUGUAAAUGGAAUAUUUUGUGCUGGAGCAGAUUUAAAAGAACGUUUAAAAUUACCAUCUUCUGAUGUUGGAAAGCGUGUAUCAGAUAUACGUAAUUUAGCUAAUGUCAUAGAAAAUGUACCUGUACCUGUUAUUGCAGCUGUCGAUGGUGCUGCAUUAGGUGGAGGUUUUGAAUUGGCUUUAAGUUGUGAUUUUAUUGUAUGUGCUUCAAAUUCCAUUUUUGGAUUAGUAGAAACUAGACUUGGGAUAAUACCAGGUGCUGGUGGCACUCAACGUUUAGCACGCGCAAUUGGCGGUUCACUUGCCAAAGAAUUGAUUUAUACUGCUAGACUUUUUAAUGCACAGCAGGCUUUACAAUAUGGAGCUGUAAACAGAGUAAGUGAACAAAAUGAAAAGGGUACAAGUGCUUAUAAUUGUGCUUUACAAAUUGCUAGAGAGAUUUUACCUAAUGGACCAUUAGCAGUAAGGAUGGCUAAAAAAGCAAUCAGUCAUGGACAACAAGUAGACAUAAAUAAUGGCUGUGCCAUUGAAGAAUUUUGUUAUAGUCAGAUAAUUCCAACAAAAGAUAGAAUGGAGGGACUAUUGGCAUUUGUAGAAAAACGAAAACCAAAUUACACAGGGUCAUAAGCUUAAAUUCAAUAUUACAUUUAUAAUUGUUUAAUGUUCAAAACUGGAAUUUAUGUAAUAUAUUUAUAUGGUUCAAUUUUAUCA